CAGCAGCUCUUUGCGUUCUUCAUCUUCUAUUUUCCUAAACAACCUUACUUCACCAAAACGACAUGUUCGCUAAGACCCUCUUCGCUCUCACCUCCAUCUCUGCCAUCUUUGUCUCGGUAGCAGCUAUUCCAAGCGGUGCUCCCACCUGCGCCACCGGUCCCAUUCAAUGUUGCGAACGCGUUUAUGAAUCCCAAACCACCGAAACCUCGCUCCUCACUGACCUCUUGGGCCUCAACCUCGACGGCCUCUUGGGGGGAAUCGCGACUGGCUGCAGCCCCCUUAGCGUUGUAGGCAUUGGUGGCGGUAACAAGUGCGCCCAUCGCCCCGUUUGCUGCACCGACAACAAAUUCAAUGGUCUCGUGAAUGUCGGCUGUGUCCCCGUUAACGUCAACCUUUGAGAUUCUGCACACCACCACUGCCUCUCCCAUACCAUUUUACCAUUAUCCCAUGCCGUAUACGUACACAUUCUGAAGCUACUCUCAUUUGGUACUAUCUGAGACGCCGUCUCGGCUCAUACUAUGAUAUUCUGCACACGAGGGAAUAAACUUCGCCUAUGUAAUGAGCUUGAUUCUAUC